AUGCUACGCUCCACCGGCUUCUUCCGGGCCAUCGACUGUCCCUAUUGGUCUGGGGCGCCCGGGGGUCCUUGCCGGCGGCCCUACUGCCACUUCCGGCACCGCGGGGCCCGGGGCCCGGGCGCGCCCGGCGGCGGCGGAGCGGCGCCCCCCGCAGCAGGGCUUGGUUAUGACCCGUACAACCCUGAGCUGCCCAAGCUCCCGGCAGAGAGGGAGAACGGCGUCCUGGGCGGAGGGGACGAGCCCCACUCAGACAUCCUGGAGCUGGAGCUGGUCAACCAGGCCAUCGAGGCCGUGCGCUCUGAGGUGGAGAUAGAGCAGCGGCGGUACCAGGAGCUCCUGGAGACAGCCCGAGAGCACGUCUCUGCUGAGGUCCCAGCCCUGGCACCCCACGGCCCUGCCACCAGCCUGGAUGAGGAUGCCUUCCCCCUGUCCUUUGAUUACAACCCUGGUGGCCAAAGCCUGUUAAGCCCCAAUGCUAGCUACCAGCCCACCCCACUGGCCGCUCCUACUGAGCUGGGCAGCAAGUACUUGCUGGCUUCCCUGGACCCAGCGCAGGGCCGUGGCGGAGGGGGCAGUGGUGCUCUGGAGUACAUCCCCAAGGCCGUGAGCCAGCCCAGAAGGUACAGCCGCCCAGUCUCCAGCAGCAAGUAUGUGGUGGAUAACUCCAAGCCGUCCACUGACCUGGAGUAUGACCCACUGUCCAACUUCUCCGCUCGGCUACUCAGCAGGGCCGGCUCCAAGGAUAACCGGGCCCCUAAGCGACCCCGGGGCUCCCGUGCCAACAGCGAGCCCUACACACCCGCACUCAAGAAGCCCUGCGACCCCUUUGGCAGCUGCGAUGCCAGAUUCUCUGACUCAGAUGAUGACACGACGGCAGCUCCGGGGGACAGGCCUGCCACUGCCAACCCCCUGAGGGCGAAGGCAGGAGCUGAGAGCAAGGGUCCUGGCAAGCCAGGCUCCAGGGAGGGCCAGGAGCCUGAGGAGGGCGGCCUUCGGGAGACCAAAGAGAUAGCUGUGCAGUAUGACGUGGGGGACCUUGGGCAGCCUCCCAAGGACCCUAAUGGGGCAUGCCCGGCCAAGCCUGGCUCCUCCCCAGCCAGGGCCUCGAAAGAGUGCAGCAGCCACAAGAAGGGAAGAUCCAAGAAGAGGAAAAGUGGGGUGCCACCGGCCCCUGGCCCCAAGGAUGGUGUCCGGAAAACAGACAGGAGUAAGGACAGAGAGCACAAGAGGCCUGCUGUGAAGCCCUGUGUGGACAAGAAGGUCUCACAGGCCAGCACCUCCCAGCGCAGGGCAGAGAGGCCCCAAGGGACCAAGAAAAAGCCAUCUCUGGCCACCUCAGUGGUCAGCUCAGGGAAAGGCCGGACCGACCAGCUUCGGUUGCAGCCAAGCCCCAGCCCCACUGGCGGGGAUGCCUCCCAGCUGCCAGGCAGGAUGGGUGGGAAAACCCCUUCUGGGAAGCUGAUGGAGCGGAAGGCCCACUCGCUCGACGAGGGCACCUCCCAGGCCCCCAAGCUGCAGAGGCGGACCCUGAGCCAUGCAGACCUCUUUGGGGAUGAGAGUGAGGAUGAGGACCCAGGGCCCACGGCACCUGCACUGGGUCCCUCUGCCCUCUCCAACCUCAGCUCCAGCUCGGACUCGGACUCGGACUCUAGCCUGGACCUCUCAGCCACGCGGGGGCCACAUAAGCGUCUCAAGGCCUCCCCUCACCCCUCGCCUUGCCCAGCCUCCCUCUUGUCAUCCUCCACAUCCUCCUCCACAUCCUUGUCCUCCUCCUCCUCGUCCUCCUUGGGGCCAGGCAAAGAUGUGGACUACUCUGCCCUGGAGAAGGAGGUUGACUUUGACUCAGACCCCAUGGAGGAGUGCCUGCGCAUUUUCAACGAAUCCACCUGUGUCAAGACGGAGGACAGGGGCCGGAAGGCCCGGCAGCCCCCCAAAGAAGAGAAGGUGGAGGACAAGGAACAGUUGGGUCUGACCACUCUGUUCCCUGGGCAGAAGAGGAGGAUCUCUCAUCUCACCAAGCAAGGCAAGGAGUCAGAGCCCGUAAGGAGAGGCCCGGCCCCCCCCACCCGGGUCCCCACCGCCCAGGAAGUAUGUUACCGGCGAGCUCAGCAGGCUCAGAGGGAGUCCGCCAGCUGGCUCCAGGCUGCCCAGCAGCCGGCCGAGAAGCCGACCUCCGUCCACAUCUCAGUGCCUGGAGAGAAGAGGCGGAUUGCCCACGUCCCCAACCCCUGCCUGGCUGCAGCCUCCACAGGUACCAAGAGGACCCUCCCGGCCAGCAGCAGCCAGCCCCCCAAUGGGCUCGAGCCAAGCAGCCAGCUCCUAAAGACGCGCACGCUGUCAGGCAUGGCGUCCAAGACCACCAGCACCGUUACCCCCAAGCGCGUGGCACACAGCCCGUCUUUACAGACUUUAAAGAAGCCUAUUAUCCCAAAAGAGUUUGGGGGCAAAGUCCCCACCGUCAUCCGCCAACGAUACCUCAACCUGUUCAUUGAGGAGUGUCUCAAGUUCUGCUCCUCCAACCAGGAAGCCAUAGAGAAGGCACUGAAUGAGGAGAAGGUGGCCUACGACCGAAGCCCCAGCAAGAACAUUUACCUGAAUGUCGCUGUGAACACCCUCAAGAAGCUGCGGGGCCUGGUCCCCAGCACUGUGCCCGGCCUCAGCAAAACUAGUGGCCGGAGGGUUGUGUCCCAUGAGGCGGUGCUGGGGGGCAAGUUGGCUGCCAAGACCAGCUUCUCACUCAACCGCCCGAGCAGCCCCCGUGUGGAGGACCUGAAAGGGGCUGCCCUGUACGACCGCCUCAAAGAGUACCUGCUCACCGAGGACCAGCUUAAGGAGAACGGCUACCCCUUCCCACACCCCAAGCGGCCGGGGGGCGCGGUGAUCUUCACGGCUGAGGAGAAGCUGCCCAAAGACUCCUCAUGCAGGGUCUGCUGUCGCUGUGGCACUGAGUACCUCGUGUCGCCUUCCGGCCGCUGUGUGCGUGAUGAAGAAUGUCACUACCAUUGGGGGCGGCUCCGCCGGAAUCGAGUGGCUGGGGGCUGGGAGACCCAGUACCUGUGCUGCUCGGCUGCCAUCGGCUCCACCGGCUGCCAGGUUGCCAAGCAACACGUGCAGGACGGCCGCAAGGAAAACCUCGAGGGGUUCAUGAAGACCUUUGAUAAGGAGCUUCCAGAAGAUGCUCACCCCGGAAUCUAUGCCCUUGACUGUGAAAUGUCCUAUACCACGUAUGGCCUGGAGCUGACGCGGGUCACCGUGGUGGACACCGACAUGCAGGUGGUUUACGACACCUUCGUCAAGCCGGACAAUGAGAUCGUGGACUACAACACAAGGUUUUCGGGCGUGACUGAGGCUGACCUUGCCGACACAAGUAUCUCGCUCCGGGAUGUCCAGGCCGUCUUGCUGAGUAUGUUCAAUGCUGAUACCAUCCUCAUCGGACACAGCCUGGAGAGCGACCUGCUGGCCUUGAAGGUCAUCCACAGCACCGUGGUGGACACGUCUGUGCUCUUCCCGCACCGCCUGGGCCUCCCCUACAAGCGCUCCCUUCGGAAUCUCAUGGCCGACUACCUCAGACAGAUCAUCCAGGACAAUGUGGACGGGCACAGCUCCAGCGAGGACGCCAGCGCCUGCAUGCACCUGGUGAUCUGGAAGAUUCGAGAAGAUGCCAAGACCAAGCGGUGA